UACUUACCUAAAGGUAAGUGUUCAUGCCACAUUAAUCUCUUAAAACACCAUGUAUUGACUUGUAAAAAUAUUGUUUAUGAUUUUACCUGUCUUAAAUGCCAUGCAAUUUGGCACUUUAUUACAAAACCGAUUAGUGCCAUAAUGAAUUACUGGCAAGACAUGAACACAGUUACAAGACUACCCCUCCCCGCUAACAAUGCUUAAUCUGGAGCCGGCCGGUGUUUUGCAUUGCUCAUUACAAACUUGUGUCUUACACCGUGCGCUUGCGCUUGUCUUGUCUGUGCCCUUAGAAUUAGUGAAACAGUGUGAUAAUAGUUUUAGUGAUGGCAAAUAUUAUUGACGUGGAAAUGGAUACCUGUGAACCAGAUAGCACGGUGGAAAUCAUCGACGUCGAAGAAGAGGCAGUGACUGAGGAGCGAACUCCGCUGCAGGUUAUGAAUUAUGAGCUUGUGGAAAUGCAGAAUAUGUGUGCAGCUAUGGUGGCGGCCAGUAUUAGAGACAGAGACCGCGUCCGUUCACAACUAGAGGAAGCCCGAAAACGACGGGCGAGCGUCACGGAGGAUUAUCUGCAGGUGAUGCAGUCGAGUAAAAAUGCUACUCGAAGCCUCGCGGAUGUCAAAGCUUCACUUGAGAACGCAAUGACAAAGCGCGUUGCUCUGCUGAAAGAAAUCGAAACUGAAAAGAUGUGGAGACCGCCGAGCGCUGAAAUGUGUCUAAAAAAGCAGCAGGAACUAAAGGAACGAGUAGAACAUAUGAGAGCCAUUUUGGGUAUGGGCAAAGUACGCACACCAGAUGAUUGUUGACUUUGUAAUGAGAUCAACUACAUAGAAGAGUAGGUACACUCUUCUUAUUACUAGUCUAAAGUUAUAAGUACAUAUAAUAUAAUACUACCCGUUCGCUUCAAGAUAGCCGUCGGCGACCGGAGGGGCCCACUGACUAUCAGUCCGCCGGACGAUA